AUGGCCCAAGGCCAGACAAGCCUUCAGGGCAGCGGGCGCGUCAAUGGCAGGUCGGCAGUCCCGCGUCGCCCACGCGUGGCCGCCCCAGCCUCAGAUUCGACGCUUGCGCCUUGGCAGCGCCGGGACCAGUGUGCCCGCCGCCCGGUUGCGCGGUGCCCGGCUGCCGUGAGUAGCUGGCGCUCGCUCGCGCCAGGCGAGGAGGCCUGCCGCGCUGAAUCUGCCGCUGGCCCCAGCGGCGCAGACGCAUUCGCCGCGCCAGAGGGCAGCAAGUUUGACCGCAUCCUGCGCUUUGUGGAGCAGCACGAUUUGGCAGGCACCUGCUCGUCCUCUGUGGCCGGCUUGGAGGCGAACAGCGCGGCGCCGCAGUGGCACAACUCAUACGAUGAGGAGGCGGAGGAGGGCGACGAGGCGCUGCCCGCUGCUGGCCCCGCCGCCGCUGCGUACGAAGCUGCGCAGCUGGCGCUCGCGGCCGCGUCGCUCUCGGGCGCGGACGUGUAUGCCGUGGCGCCCGCCUGCAGCGUGGCGUUCUUGUACCCCAGCGAUGCACGCGCCGCGGCAGCUGCGCGGCCUGCCGUGCCCGGCGCCGUUGGCACCAUGGCGUACUUUAUGAGCAAGCCUAUUGAUCAGUCAUAUGACGAGGAGGCGGAGGGCUGCUACGAGGCGGCCUCCGCUGAGGCCGCCGCGCUGCGCACCUCGCAGCUCGCGUCGUUCAUGGAGCGCCGCGCCGAGUCGCGCGCCGCGUCGCGCGCGCGCCGCGCGGCGCUGCGCAGCUCGCCGGGCGACCUGGAGGCCAUGGCUGCUUGGGUGGACGAUGCGGCGGCAGCCAAGGCGGCGGAGGCAGCCAAGCGCGCCGCUGCGCGCAUACCGGCGUCGCGGUACCCCAACCUGCAGGCCUUCCUGGCGGCGCGCGCGGGCGCGCUGGACGCCGUGGAGGCUGUGAUCGACACACUGCAGCGCGAGCGGGGGCUGCAGGCGCGGUCCAACCAGGCGUGGCAGUACACAUGGGACGAGGAGGUCCACGGGGCGCUCAGCAGCAUGUGA